AUGUCUGAUAUAAGCCGAGGCUGCAAGAGAGCGAGCAACUGCACUGUGGUGACAUCCUGGAUCAUCGCCAUGUAAGCUCUUCUGCAGUUCAUUUUUCAGACAUGUUAAAUGUGUCCCAUCAACGCCUUACCCUGAAUUUCAGACAAGCACAAGAGCUGAAGGUCCCGGUGGAGGGUGUCUAUAGAACUCUUGCGAUCCACAGUGGAAUGUAAAGAAACUGGUGGAAAUUGACACAUUAACUUGAAUGGCUAUGAUCAGCGGAAACAGCCUUCUCCUAGACAUUCUGGAUGUGGUGGAAAUUCGGGGGUUACUCUUUGAUCUCAGUUUGACCACGGCUCUCUGUGCUUCUGUCUUUCAGAUCUGCUGAGGUGAAGCUGCUGCAGUACCAGGAGACACCCAGCAGAGGACCGACAGCAUGCAGAGGAGAGAUGAACUGUUUGUCUGUGUGCUUUAUAAGUGGGAAUAAAUUAUUCAAACUGAACCUGUGUUUGUUUUUCUUUCUGAUCUUUAGCAACCAUUCCUGAAAGUCUCUGCAGCCUUUAUUCAUAGGUUAUUUAUUUUACAGAAAUAUUUCAAAUAAAUUGACAACCCCACUUGAUAUACCCUGUAAAGAGCCCAGCAGAUUCCUGAGUGAUUGAUUAACCUCCCUUCAGCCUUCCUCCCUGCUUGUCUUGCCUCAGUGACCAUGCUCUGAAUUCAGUCCAGUCACAGUUAAGGGUGCAGGUGCAAUGUUUCCACUGCAGGAUCACACUUGUAUCCUGAGAGUUGGCUGUCAUCUCUGGAGGAGGUCCAGCCUGGAGGGAGGAGGCAAAGUGAUACGAAAAACAUCUAAAGACACAAGAGGAGGUCUAAUGUGGGUCAGUUUGAUUCAUCUGACCUGAGCCGUACCUCUUAAGUUAGGAAACGGGUCCAAUUGUUGUCAAAUUUUAAUUUUCUGUACUUUAAACCGACACUCGCUUAACUCAUCCAUUUACCACCUGUCCCCUCAUCUGUAAGUCGACCCGAGGAAGAAGGAAAGGCACCCAGAGAGAGGAGGUGAAGUACAGAGUGGUGUCCACACUCCCAGCUCCAACCAUGCAUCAUUAAUGUUCAUGCAUCAUUGAUGGCGUCCGCUGCAGGUGGAGCGGUACAAUCCCCUCUCCAUUCACCCCCCCAGGGGCCUGCACCUGAAGACACACAUGAUCCAGCUCAGGGAGCGCUCCGUAUCCGCCGUCAGAGUCGAUAAAACAAGGGGCUGUUGAUGCACCUGCAGUCGGACGGCAUUUCCAGGCGGUUCCUCCUCCGGCUGUGACUCAAACUCAGACACAGAUGAGUUGUCCCAGUGGAGCGGUGCCCUCGACUAUAACGCUGGGUUUGGACCUGAGUGGACCAUGGCAGCAGAGAUCCACUCAGAUGUACCCACUCACCAGCUCAGAGAACCCUCCAUUCCCCGGAGGAGGAGGAGGAGGAGGAGGAGGAGGCCGCGGGAGCCACACUCCUCUGAGGCUGCCAGCGCUGGUAACUACGACUAAAGGACCUCGUGAGAGAGGCAGGAUGACUCGUCUCAGGUGAGCUCAAAGAUCUGUUUCUGCAGAGCUUUAAUCAUCGUCUUUUAAGUUCAUAUGUAAAGAACUUAACCUCCUGGCUUUGUCUUUAAUCAUUAAACGUUGAGAUUCAGCCCAACCGUACAAAGAGCAAACCUGUGGAGAUUAAAAUCUGUUAUUUUUGAAACUGAGUGAAUUUUUAAAUUGCAGGAAAGUUACAGUUUCUCCAUGCAAGGUUUUCUUUUUUAUCCACCUGUCCACGAUGGAGUUACAUGCAGCCUCUUUUUUGUUUGUCGACUGAUUCGCUCUAAAAAUUUCGUAUUUUAACUCCAGUCUCUUCUCAGCUGGUCUCACUCUGGGACCCUAAUUUUCCCAUGGUCCUUAAGUCAGACCCACUUUUAUACAAUUCAAACCAAGCAAAUUUAUUUUUUAUAAAAAAAUCUUCUAAGUAGCUAUGAUAAAAAAAGGCAGAAUAUAUAUUUAACAUAAAUACACUUGUUUUAUUGAGUAAAAUGCCUUUCAGAGCACAUGAACUGAAGACGACAACUACUGAAGUUGCAUGUACAGAAAAUUUCAAAUUGCACAAAAUGGAGACCAACAAAAUUAAAAAGUUGACUUAAAUGCAUUUCAAGAUAAGCUAUUUUUCAAAACAAAAGGAAUGUUAAACAUCAGAUGCACAUUGAAUAUUUACCUUUUGACCAGCUGUUUGUGACCCAUCCAGAACGUGUCCGUGACCCACUUUUGGGUCGGGACCCACCAGUUGAGAACCACAGGCAUAAAGGAUACUCCCUUUAAUUUAUGAUUUAUCCACUGAUUUACCACACUUCAUCCUGUAAAUCCUCAUGUCUCAUAUUCUUUGUCUGUUACAUGGAUUUUGGAGUUCUUGCCCAGUUUCAGAACGAUUCCCAACAAUUCAAGCUCUGAAAAUGAUCCGACUGUAAGAAGGAAGAGUUGAUCAUCUUUACUUAGAAGAAAAAACAGUAAAAUUUCUUUUACAAGGAUGUUAUGAAGGAAGUUCACCUGUUCGUUGUGUCUAAUUUGUGUUUGAAAAUACAAAACUUGCUCAUUUUGAAGGUAAAACAGGCGGAUCAGUGAGUGUGAAAGUGAUGAAGAGCAGCAGCAUGUCAUGGUGACUGAGUGGCCUUUAUUACACAUCCGUCUGCAUCAUCACCGUGUAUUAUAAUGUGAUUAAUCGCCUUUAUGUCAUCUCCCAUCUCUGAUGUCUGCGCUAUUCAUUUCAGCAGAAGUGCCUGUCACAGUGCCGGUUCAACGCCUGACUGGAAUUACAGUGUGAUUGUUUCCUCUCUUUAUUUGAUAGCAUAAAGUAGGCCGCUUCACAGCUCCCCACCCCGGGGUUUGCUUUGAGUACAGGAGGCCAGGGAACAGCGUGUCAUAAAUCUCAGGUGUGGAAGCUGAUCCGUUGCCACCCACAGCGGCUUUACUCAGAGGGGGGAGAAACCUGAGCGAGGCCACACAUUGACACGCUUUAAGCUCUAAAAAGCACGCACGAACACACGUCCAUCACUGUCACAGGGACUAUUUCAUGGCCUCCAGUCACCUACGCAGAGCCGGUUUUGAAUAACCUUAUUCUGAUCUAACUCUGGUUUAAAGGGAUAUUCCAACAUAAAAUUAAUUCAGGGUCAAAACACACCGAGUUAGACACCCCCUCCAGAGAUGAAUGUUGCUGACUGCUUGCUUCUCUAGUUAUACCAACUUUAGUAACGACCGCAGGAUAGUAAUACACAGAGGUCUGAGGAGCCGUAAACAAACCUCAACCAAAACCCAAACGCAAAUCUAAAUAAUAACCUUUCCUCUUAGUUCUUUGCUCGUCUUUUCGCCGUCAUCCUCUGUGCCUAAAUUAUGGGUCCCUGGCAGCUCACUUGCGUUAUGGCUUAUUUUAUUUUAUUUUUUUUGCAUCCUCUUAUUUUCACAGAAAGUAACUUUCUUUUGUAUUUGCAUCAGUAACUUCCGUUGUGGUUUCUUUUUUUUCUGAAAUUCUUUUUUAUUUGCAGCAGUGACGGUUCUCGGCCACUGUAGUAGCAAGACCUCGUGCCAAUCCACCCACUACUACAGCGGGGUGCCGCAGCUCAAGGAAGAACAUUUAUGAUCAUUUCUUCAUGGAAAUACAAUCAGACCGAGACGCUAAGACAGAAGAACUACCUCUUCUGAUUGUGACUUCAAGGAAAUGAUAAAGAAAUGAUCAUAAAUGUUCUUCCUUGAGCUGUGUCACCCCGCUGUAGUCCGUAAUGGACUGGCCUAAGGUCUCGCUACAAACAAGCGGCUGCUGGAAGAGAGUAGGUGAGUUGUGUUUAGUGUCUUUGAGUGCGUGGCUUUGUGUAUUGCUAUCCUGCGGUCGUUACUAAAGUUGGUAUAACUAGAAAAGCAAGUGGUCGGCAACAUUCAUCUCUUGACUGGGUGUCUAACUCGGUGUUACAGUGUGUUUGACCUAAAUUGAUUUUACGCCCUAAUGUCCCUUUAAGCACUCAUGUAAGGGUUAGUUUCUGCAGUGUUUUCUUUAGUUUACUCUUUUUACAAACCCUGUUUUUCUCCACAGCGUCAGUGAGCCGUCCCUCAUCACGUCAAACGAAUAUGUCCACUCAGAGAAAUCCUCCAGCAGUUAUCGCCCCAGUGUUUUACAGAAACGACCUCCACCUCUUGCUCCGUUCUCAAAGUCAUCCAUCCUGCUGUCCUACAAAACCCGCCAGCCCCAUCAGCAGAAGAAAGGGGUCUAUCUCCACUUCUCCAAGGCCAUCCAGCCCAGGUCCAAACCAAGACCUGCGAGGUGCCACUCCCACAAACCGGCCCCGAGCACAGAGCUGAUUCAGGGUGACCCCCGACCUCAGGGGACAUCCCACGGCGCCCUAAUUCAGGGGGAGGUUUUGUCUGUGGUCGGGAAGCCUUGUCCCCUGAGCUGCAGUCAACGCCCCAUACAGAGGACUGUGACAGGACCAGCUCGCACUCAGCUCCACGUGUUUCUGCCGACAGAGGCAGAAGGAGAGGAGGUGGACAGUGAGUCUGUGGAUGAGGGCUUCAUGGACGAGUUGGACAAUAAAAUAACUUCUCUAAAGCUCCAGCAGGGGGCAGCAAAAGCAGUUCCCCUGGAGGAACAACUUUCAUAG